UCAGUGCUGCAAAUGUGGGCACGUUGUUAACUCCCUAUCAAAUCCCUCUCUCUCUCUCUCCGCCUCCCUCAGCCAAAGCCCCGCCGCUAAACCCCCCAGUAAACCCUAGCAGCCUCCCACCAAUCCACCAUAGCCAGAUUCCAAAGCUAUGCUUAUUUCACUCAAAAAUCUAGCCAAAUCUUCUUCUUACCGAACCAACUCCCUCGCCAUCCUCACCGGCAUUGAUUCCCUUUCUUCCUUCCCAUUCACCACCGCCGCCGCCUCCGCCCCCACACCGCGUUUGAUCCAACCCCAGAACAUCACCUUCUCCUUCAAGCAAUGGUUCAAGUCCGGCCACAACGUCCUCCUCCACCAAAUCUUCCAAAUCCUCAAAGCCACCGAAGACGGCGGCCUCCACCACUUGCAGCACCCCAACGAGGGCGCCGACGUGGCCCUCUCGCAUCUGGACCUCCGCCUGACGGAGGCUCUUGUCCUGGAGGUCCUCCGCUACGGCAACGACCACGAGCGGGACGUCCUCUCCUGCCUCAAGUUCUUCGACUGGGUCGGCCGCCAGCACAGCUUCCGCCACACACGCGCCACCUUCAACGCCAUCUUCAAGAUCCUCUCACGCGCCAAGCUCAUGUCGCUGAUGCACGACUUCCUCGCCUCCUUCCGCCUGCACCGCCUCGACCACGGCGUCCGGUUCCACGACACGCUCGUCAUCGGGUACGCCGUCUCCGGGAAGCCGGAGCUGGCGCUGGAGCUCUUCGGCAAGAUGCGGUUCCUCGGCCUCGAUCUGGACAGCGUCGGGUACCACGUCCUGUUGAACGCGCUGGUGGAGGAGAAGUGCUUCGACGCCGUCCACGCCAUUGCUCAACAGAUUUCCAGCCGCGGCUACGAGAGCGACAUCACGCACAACAUCAUGGUCAAGUGGCUGUGCAGGGAGGCGCUGCUGGGUGAGGCGGAGGCGUAUUUGAGGAGAGCUGUGAUGGAGGGGAAUGGCGAUGGCUCUGCGGUUGGGAUCCUCAUUCGAGCGCUGUGUCAGCAGGACAAAUUCGACACUGCUGCCAAGUUGAUGAAUGAGUUUCAUGACCUGGAGGUGCCUUCGAUGCACAAGGCGUAUGCUGUGUGGAUUGCGGAGCUGGCUCAGGCGGGGAGGUUGGAUCAGGCAUUGGAGUUUUUGCAUAGUAAGCAGGAAUCCGAAGGGUAUAUUCCUGAUGUGUUUAGGUAUAAUGUUUUGCUUGGUAAGCUUUUGAAGGAGGCUAGACUUGAGGAGGUUUGUGAUCUCUUGUCGGAGAUGAAGGAGCGUGAGAUUUUACCAGAUAAGGUCACAAUGAAUGUUGCCUUGUGCUUCUUAUGCCAAGUGGGAAUGCAGGAUGUCGCCCUCGAGUUGUUUGCCUCAAGGUCUCAGUUUGGGCUCACCUCGGCGGGCAUGGCUUACAACUAUCUGAUCAAUACUUUCUGCUACGGCAGCGUUGAUAAGGCAUUCAGAAUCUUGGAACGUUCCCUUGAUCAAGGCUAUUUUCCAGGCAGGAAAACAUUUUCUAUAUUGGCAAAUGUUUUGUGUAGAGAGGGAAAACUGGAUAAGAUGAAGCAGUUGGUUCUUUAUGCUUUAGAGCGGAAUGUUAUGCCCAGUAAUAUCACCUAUGACAGGUUUGUUGCUAGUCUCUGCAAAACUGAGAGGGUAGAAGAAGCUCAUUUGAUAUAUGAGCAACUUAACAGAAUAGGUCAAGUUCAUAGAAAGAGUAUGUACAUCAACUUGAUAAACGGUUUUCGCAAGUUAAAUAAGGAUGACGUUGCGGCUAGACUUCUGAUUGAUAUGCAACAACAUGGUCACUCUCCUACUCACAGGCUCUUCCGAGAUGUAAUUUGCUCUUUGUGUGAAAUGGUGAAAUCAGACGAGGAAUUCUUCACCUUAUUGAAUAUGCAGUUGUCUUGCCAGCAACGUACUUGUCGGAUGUAUAAUUUCUUCAUCUACGGAGCUGGGUGUGCCAAAAGGCCCGAUUUGGCUAGAAAAGUAUACGAAAUGAUGCAGGCAAGUGGGAUUGAACCUAAUUUGACUACUCAUGUUGUUAUGUUGAAUAGUUUAAUCAAGAGUGAACGAUAUUCUGCUGCUUUGAACCACUUUGAUGAUCUGCGUGACAAAAGAAAGUUAGGGAGAAGACUUUACAGCACCAUGGUUAUUGCUUUGUGCAAGGCUAAAAAGCUGGAUAUUGCACUGGACGUGUUUAUAGAAAUGAGAAAGAAUGUGGUUCCAAACGACAACUGCUAUGAGUUUCUUAUACAGUCAUUCUGCUGGAAUAAAGAAUAUGAUACAGCAGUAAGCCUUGUUAACGACAUAGAGAAAAUUGGUCGUCGCAUCACAUCUUUUACUGGCAACAUACUUCUUUUACAUUCCUUGAAAAGUCCAGAGCUCUACCAGGCUUGGGUUCGUCAAAGAGAGGUGCAAGCUCAGAUCUCUGAUAAUUCAAUCCUUGGUCUGCUUAUUGGUGCAUUUUCUGGUCGUAUUUGGGUGAGCAAACAGAUUGAGAACUUGGAAGAAGUAAUUUCCAACUGUUUUCCUCUAGACGCGUACACAUACAAUUUGUUACUUAGAAGUUUCUGUAAUAGUGACAUGAACGGGGCUUGUGCAUUAUUCGAUAGGAUGUUGCAGAAAGGGUAUGAGCCCAAUCGAUGGACAUAUGACAUCUUAGUACAAGGUUUUCUUAAGCAUGGGAGGAUAGCCGAGGCAGACAGAUGGCUUAAAGCUAUGUCUGCGAAAGGCUUUAGUCCAACCAAGCAAACGAUGAUGAUGUGAUUAACUGGGAUUCCUAAAUUCUCAGUCAAAGGAAUUUAAUUCUCAUUUGUUGAUGUCUUUAUUCUGGCCUUGACAACACUUCCUGAUCUGGCUUGCUUAAGAAAGAAUUCGUAUUCACAUCUUUUAAUUUUCUCUGAUAUCUAUUAUAGAGAUGUAUCUUACUGUUCUCUUCUAUCUACCCUGUUUCUAAUAUUGGGUGAAGUAAUAUUCAGAACUCUUAGUUAUCUAUAUCUACAGUUACAGGUUUAAUAAAUCCAUCUGAGAAAUGUAGGUGAUGUGAUAGAAGUUGCAACUUCCGAUAUUAUUAAUUUACCCACCUAGAAAUCGUAGUAAAUUGAAAGAUUUUUUUUUUAUCAGAACUUGAAGUUUGAUAUAGCCUUGCCUUUAGGAGUCCAAAAAACUUGAGGGGCAAUAGAUUUUUGGGUUCAAAAAGCUAGGAAUGUAGCUUUCCUACUAAAUGAUAUUUCCCACAAAUGUGAAUAAAAUUGUGUGAAAAAAAAACCACCUCAGCAUAACUUCCUCGAUAGCAUUCUCUGACUAGUUUUAAAUUUCUGGUAACUUUGUAGAUUUUUUUAAUUCAAGCAUGCAAGUGUACUGAAUUACUAUUUUUAAUGAAGGUGGACAGACUACUUUUUAUAACCAAUGUACCUCAUGCCAAAAUUUUCUAAUUCAGAGUAUCAUAGCUUUUUUUGAGGCGGGGUUUGCACAUAUUAGGGGGGAGGAGAAUCGUUCCCUCACUACAGCUGCAAUAGUUAGUGAUGAUGAUGAUAAUGAGGAGCGCGGGAACUAUCCGGUUCCAUCUGCUGCGGUAGUUGCAGCAGCAGGAAGCACACUGCGUCCGCCUUCCUUGCAAUCCCUUCGUGAAGACGUACCCAAUGCAGCAGCGAUCCCACAGACUUCAUCUGAGGAUGGUUUUGAAGAAGAAAAAAGUUAAUGUACGCCGUCAUUUUGGACAUUAUGAGGUGAGUUUUGCACAUACUAGGGAGGAGUAUCUUUCUCACUACAGCAGCAAUAGUCAGUGAUGAUGACGAUAAUGGGGAGAGCGGGAACUAUCCGGUUCUAUCUGCUGCGGUAAUUGCAGCAGCUUUUGGGAAGUACACUGCAUCUGCCUUGCAAUCCCUUCUUGAAGACAUACCUGAUGCGGCAGCUGUCCCACAGACUUCAUCGGGGGACGAUUCUGAAGGAAAAAGUAAAUCUGCUGAUAAAAGUUCAAGAAGCUUAAGCUAAAGCAUGGUGAUGCAGGACAAGAUGUCAUUGAAGCAGUCAAUUUAAUUAUUAAGAUAGUAACACUUGCCAGCCAGCAUUAGACUGCUGAGAAAGCAGUAGAGCACUUUCACCACAACUAUAUUUUUCUCCUAGUCUUGACUUUUUAACUUUACUGCAUUAUUACAAGUUUAUAUAUUGGUCCAAAUAUAGAAAGCUUUGUAGUCAUAUCAGCUCAAUUUACGCCCUGAAGAUGUACAUGUGUUUUUUUUUUCUGAAGGAAGAUAGAUAUGUUAGAGUAGUGUUAAUUUGGAUUUGCUGAGUGACGUAAUUG